ACUCAGCCCUCUCCUCCUCUUCCCACUCCUCAUGUAAUAGCCAGGACCGCUUCAUUCUACUUAGUUUUCCUGAAUAGAUGUCUGCGGCCUCUACCAGCAGCAAAGAAAAGGAGGAGACCGCCAUCGCGGCUCCUCUUUCCUCCGCCGAGGUCGAAGACCUCUACGCUCAUCUGCCUGAACAUGAAGCUGCCAUCCUGCGCUGCCAGACCGAGGUCAAGCCGCCUCCCGUCUCCUUCUUCCGCCUCUACAGAUAUGCCACACCAUUUGAUUUGAGCAUCUUAAUACUUGGCUACUUCACCUCCAUCGCCGCCGGCGCCGUCCAGCCUCUCAUGACCAUCGUCAUGGGCUCGCUCACCCAAACAUUCACGAGCUAUUUCUCCAGCAACGGCAUCACCCCGGAGUAUUUCUCCCACGAGGUCAACAAGUAUGCCCUCUAUCUCGUCUAUCUUGGAAUUGCCAACUUUGUCUUCUCAACCGUCGAGUCAUUCAUUCACACCGACCGGGGCGAAGUUCUCGCCUCCAGAAUCCGCGAGGAAUAUCUCGCUGCAACCCUCCGCCAAAACAUCGGCUACUUUGACAACCUUGGCUCCGGCGAAAUCACAACCCGUAUCACCGCCGAUACAAACAUGAUUCAGGAGGGAAUGUCUGAAAAAGUCGGCCUCAUUCUCACUGGCGUUGCCACUUUUGUCACUGCCUUCAUCGUCGCUUUCAUAAAGUCAUGGAAGCUCACGCUCAUCAUUAUCGGUAUCAUCGUCCUCCUCAUCGGUGGCUUUAUGGUUAUUAGCGGCUUUAUGAUGAGCUGGGCAAAGAAAUCUCUCGAAGGCGCUUCUGUCGGCAGCACUCUAGCUGAAGAAGUCUUUGCUAGCGUUCGCAAUGUCCAGGCUUUUGGGCUACAAGAGCGAUUGGCAAAACAAUACGAUACUUAUUUGGUUAUCACCGAAUACGCUGCCUUCAGGCAAGGGCUUUGCUUGGCCAUCAUGAUUGGUUGGCUUUGGUUCUGCAUCUACUCCCUCUACGCCCUCGGUUUCUGGCAGGGUGCACAUUAUUUGACCGAAGGCUCUCUACACGUCAACCAGAUCAUCACCGUGCUCAUGUCUAUGCUCAUCGGAGCCUUCUCUUUCGGUCAAGUUGGUCCCAACGUCAGAAAUAUCACCAACGGUGUUACCGCUGCCGCAAAGAUCUACGCCACUAUCGACCGUGUUCCUCCUAUCGACUCACAUUCGAAUGCGGGCGAAAUACUGAGCUCUAUCUCGGGUGACAUCGAAUUGCACGACAUCAAGUUCAUCUACCCUUCGCGACCUGACGUCACCGUACUCGAAAACAUGAAUCUCAAAGUUCCGGCCGGAAAAACUGUCGCUCUCGUCGGUGCUAGCGGUUCUGGCAAAUCAACCAUCGUCGGCCUCGUCGAGCGAUUCUAUCUGCCUGUUGCUGGUCAAGUUACUCUAGACGGUCACGAUACCGCAGAGCUCAAUCUUCGAUGGCUCCGUCAGCAAAUCUCAUUGGUCUCGCAAGAGCCCACUCUCUUUGGAUGCUCAGUGUACGAGAACGUCGCGCAUGGACUGAUUGGCACAGAAUACGAGAGCGCGCCAGAAGAAGUAAAGAGAAAGCUUGUCAUCGAGGCCUGCGAGCUGGCAAAUGCGUGGUCAUUCAUCCAGACACUCCCUGAAGGUCUUGAAACCAACGUCGGAGAGCGAGGCUUCCUCAUGUCUGGAGGUCAGAAACAGAGAAUUGCAAUCGCUCGCGCUAUGGUCAGCAAUCCCAAGAUUCUGCUUCUCGACGAAGCUACCUCGGCGCUCGAUACAAAGAGUGAAGGUAUCGUGCAGCAGGCUCUCGAUCGUGCCGCCAAAGACCGCACCACGAUCGUGAUUGCCCACAGACUGUCGACGAUCAAAAACGCCGAUCUCAUCGUUGUCAUGUCAAAGGGCAAGAUUGUCGAGCAAGGAACUCACAACGAGCUGCUGAGCUUGAACGGGAUGUACGCUGAGCUUGUCGAGAAUCAGAAGAUUGAGAAGGAGAAAGAUCCAAAGAGCGCCGGAGUCAAGUCCGACGACGAAUUCGUCGAGAAGGGGUUGGAGGUUCAGGAGGAUUCGCAUAUCCUUGACAUGAUCCGGACAAAAACCAAGCAGUCCGUUUCUAGCGCCAAAGUGAAGCCGCUAGAUGCUUCCACAAAAAGUUACUCUCUGCCUGCACUUGUUAAACUCAUCUAUCGAUUCAAUGCUCCAGAGACAAAGAUAAUGAUAUUUGGAAUCUGUUGUUCCAUAAUCAACGGGUGUGCCUAUCCAACUCAGUCAGUGUUCUUUGCAAAGUGCGUUAGCGCUUUUGAGUACCCGGUUUCCGAAUAUGCCCGUCUCAAAUCACAAAUAAACAUGUUCUCUGGCCUCUUUUUCAUGCUGGCUUGCGUCCAAGGAAUUGCAUUUGUGCUCGGCGUCGGUGCCCUCAGCUAUGCCGCACAAAAACUAGUCCGACGUAUUCGCUACGAAAGCUUUCGCCAGAUGCUGCGCCAAGAUAUCAGCUAUUUCGACCGGGAUGAAAACACAACCGGCGCGCUCACAACAGUUCUGUCGACCGAUGCACAGGACGUUGAGGGCUUGAGCGGUGCGACUUUCGGACAGAUUCUGAACUCGUUGGUCACCUUGUUUGGCGGAAUGAUCUUGGCUAUUGCUGUUGGCUGGAAGCUGGGACUUGUGUGCACUGCCUGUGUGCCUUUGCUCGUGAGUGCCGGCUUUGGUCGUAUCCGAGUUUUGGCAAAGUUCCAGGAACGUGCGAAGAAAGCCUAUGAGAAAUCUGCCUCUUACGCCUGUGAAGCCACUUCAGCUAUCCGCACCGUGGUUUCUCUCACUCGCGAAGAAGACGUGUAUCAGACAUACAAGGCGUCUCUGAACCAGCAAGUAAAAGACAGUCGCGUGGCAACUAUGAAAUCAUCGUUGCUCUUCGGAGUUGCUCAGAGUCUCUCGAUGUUUAUCACCGCACUGGCGUUUUGGUAUGGUAGCCGCUUCUUGAGAACAGCCGAGUACUCAGUCACGCAGUACUUCAUCUGCUUUGUUGCUGUGAUUUUUGGAUCGCAGUCGGCCGGCGCUAUCUUUUCGUUUGCUCCCGAUAUGGGUAAAGCGAAGCAUGGCGCUGCAAACAUCCACCGACUUUUCGACUCGUUGCCGAUCAUCGACGCGUGGAAGAAAGAAGGUAUCGUGCCUGAGAAAGUCGUUGGCGAUAUCGAGUUUCGUGACGUACACUUCCGCUAUCCCACGCGACCGGAAGUUCCUGUCCUGCGCGGUCUCGAUCUCACAGUCAAGAGCGGCCAAUAUAUCGCAUUGGUCGGGUCGUCUGGAUGUGGUAAGAGUACAACUAUCGGUUUGCUCGAGUCAUUCUAUCUGCCUAUCCAUGGCCAGAUUCUUCUCGACGGUCAGAGCAUUCAUGAACUCAACAUCAACGCCUAUCGCCAACAGAUAGCGCUUGUCCAGCAAGAGCCUGUUCUGUACGCCGGAACUGUCAAGUACAACAUCAGCCUAGGCAGCGCCAACGAUGUCACCGACGACGAGAUCUUCGACGCCGCUCGCCAGGCUAAUAUCCACGAUUUCAUCAUGUCCCUUCCCGACGGCUACGAAACGCUCUGCGGAUCCAAGGGCGCGCUUCUUAGCGGUGGUCAAAAGCAGCGAAUUGCUAUUGCUCGCGCUCUCAUCCGGCAGCCGAAGAUUCUGUUGCUCGACGAAGCAACUUCCGCGCUUGAUAGUGAGUCUGAGAAAGUCGUCCAGGAGGCGCUGGAUAAGGCGUCCAAAGGAAGAACUACCAUUGCGGUUGCGCACAGACUCAGCACAAUUCAAAAAGCUGAUAUCAUUUAUGUUUUUGAAGACGGCAAGAUCCUUGAAUCUGGCACGCACCAAGAACUUCUCGCCAACCGUUCUAAAUACUACGAGCUUGUACAACUGCAAGCUCUCGAGAAAACAGCCUAAGUGGUUUCGCUUUCGUGCGUUUUCGCUUGUACGUUAUUAGUGUUUGUUUGCAUCUCCACGAUUUAUGUAUGUAUGUGUGUAUGUCCUGCGAUUGAGUUUGAAAGAGGAAUCUCCAAUCUGUAUUGGUAUUCAUUGGAUGUAGGUUUAGUUUGUAUGUUGCUAUAUUUUCGGUGCGGUGUACUAUGGCAUAUAUGAUGAUGUAUUUAUUUACAAAAAAAGUCAAA